AAACACUUUUGCCGUUUGUUUUCUUUGCUUAGAACAGUUGAACCGCUUGCCAAGGAUAUAGGCUGCUGCAUUGUGUCAUCAAGAGUUGUUAUGUUAAACAAUUUGUAUAUGUAUAGUCAUUAGGAAUAGAAGUCCAUUCACACUACAUACACAAAGGUUGCCUUGUGGGCAGUUGACUGGUGCUCUAGUGCGAUUUGCUCUUUUUCUUCUACUACACGCAAUCUUUCCUCCUUAUCUUUCCUCUUCAUCUUUCCUCCUUCUUUCGUUUGUAUGUUACUUUCAAGUUUCUAGCAACACCUCUCCCUAAUCUUCGGGUUCUGCAAAUGCCAUAAACCUCUUUCUAAAAUUAAAUGAAUAAGUAAAUAAAUAAAUAAAUAAAUACGUUAAUGAAUGAAUGAAUGAAUUAACGUAAUCUUGUUCUUACCGAGUGUGCACCAUUAUGACUGGUUCCAUGCCUCGAUCACCCGAUUGGAUUAUCAGAUCCGACGAAUCAGUCGAGUGCCCACCCCACUUUACGAUUACCACAUUGCCUGCAUGCCCACUGGCUUGUGACCACAGUGUGUCUUAGCCUCUCACCACGACCUUAAUUCUGUGCCAUUGAGUGGGUGUGUGUGUGCUCGGGACCCGAUUUUUAAAACUCGUCAAGACCAUCUUCCCACGAUGCUGAGACUCGUGGCCUUGACCUUGUGCUUGUGUCACGUGACACUGACCCUGGCAGCAGACUCUCCAGUGCGUGUGACGUCACCGUCCGGCACGUACCUGGGCCAAGAACUGACCACUGAAGAUGGGCGGAGCUUCCACGCCUUUAGGGGCGUGCCCUACGCCGAGCCGCCAGUGGGAGACUUGAGGUUCCGGAAACCUGUGGCCAAACCGCCUCUUG